ACCCUACCGCGCAAUCUCCAUCUAUUUCAACCCCGGCGCAGCCGCAUCGCGAACCCGGCAGCAUUGAGGGCGACCGAUGUUCUCGUCGGGAUGUUGACAGCCGCUGUGACCGUGCAAGCUGCGCGGAUCGUUUUUUCACUGUUUUAUCAUCGGAAGGGGGAAAAAUUAUCAAAGACGAGAAGAGCUGUUGAUAGGCGGCAUGCAGGCCGCUGCUAGCUUGUAGCUGCGGUUUUAGGCAAUGUUAUUGCGCGGGAUGGAUGCUAAACUCGCUCUCGUGCUACGACGGCCUUCGUUGCGUUCCCACCGAUCACACAUGCGGUCGUGCUUGUGGAAUAACAGCGUUAUUACGAGGCGCGGUCUUUGCAUUUCUUUACAUGUGCCCAAAGUGUGCAACGCCAAGUGGUUAGCACACUAGCCGGCAAGCUAAAUGUAGGACAGUGCUAGCGUGCUUAGCUUAGCACGACGGAGGAGUGAUUUUAACCGGCAAAUCGUCGUGACCGAUUGUUAGUUGCAUUCAGUGCACUAAUUCAGUAUUCUUUUUAUGAAAGCCAACGUUAGCCUGCUAUGUGUUAAGUUUGUUUUAAAUCUUAAUUUGGCCUGCUUGGCUCUAAUAAUGCACGACCAAAACAUUAGGGACACCUCAUGAGAAACGCUAUAACAGUGUAAAAAGUCUUAUGAUGAGCUACUCAUCUUCUCGUGUUGUAAAAUCAGAUUCUAAUAAUCGACCCUAUUCAGAAGCAUGCCAAGGGCAAUGUUGUGCACUCCAUGUUGUAAUUGUAAGCUUAAAUUUGUUUUCACUGUUCAAUGUAAUAAAUGUUCACAAUGAUUUCAUGGACCUUGAAGUGUGUCAAUAAAUAUCCAGUACUGGUGUCAUGUGCAUGGUGACAUGUGGGAGAAAGAAUCCUCACUUCUCGAAAAACACCCCUUUUUAGAAAAACAACACUUGUUUGAUGACCCAAUAGCAUUGUCAAAGUGCAAGCUAUUUUUUUAACACUGCUAAAUAAACACAAUGACUGACCCAUAGUAUCAAUUGGCACAUGUAAAUCUGUGGAAUCUAAAAUGCCAUUAGUUUAAGGCUAUAAAAGUACUUCUCAAAAAAUUACCAUCUGCUCUUCUCCAUUUUGUAAAGUAACCAUACUGGUUAGCCAGCUAGAGAAGCUAACUGCCAAAGCUGAUUGCAAACGUUUAUUUCAAGACAGCAUUAGCGGAAUACAUCAUCUUUACCUUGAAUUUGUGAUUGGUGGUCCUCUUCAUAUUGGAAGUGUCGAAUCCAAUGUAGAAGAUGUUAGUUGUUGGUUCAUCUAUUAACCUUGCCCUUUCCAUCAUCAGCCAUUGUAACCUGGAUCCACCUGUGUAGACGAAGGCGUCAGUCAUGGAGGAUCACUCCGUUCACGCACCGGAACAGAUGACCACCAUCGAGGCCAGCGCAGUGCACGUGACCACCUUCACCGACGCGUCCAUGAUGAGCGCCGACGAGGAUUCCACCUCCUCGCCGGACGACGAUCCCUAUGACGACACGGACAUCCUCAACUCGGCCGGCAACGAUGAGGUCACCGCCCAUCUGGCCGCCGCAGGUCCCGUCGGCAUGGCCGCAGCUGCCGCCGUGGCGACGGGAAAGAAAAGGAAGAGGCCCCACAUCUUUGAAUCCAAUCCAUCUAUCCGCAAAAGGCAGCAGACACGUCUCCUCAGGAAGCUGAGGGCCACCUUAGAUGAGUACACCACACGUGUGGGCCAGCAGGCCAUCGUGCUAUGCAUGUCCCCCAACAAACCCAACCCGGUCUUCAAAGUCUUUGGCGCUGCUCCGUUGGAGAAUGUGGUGAGGAAAUACAAAGGCAUGAUGCUGGAAGACCUGGAGAAUGCUCUGGCCGAGCACGCCCCCGCUGGAGGGGACCUGGCGUCGGAGCUGCCCCCCCUCACCAUCGACGGCAUCCCCGUCUCUGUAGACAAGAUGACCCAGGCCCAGCUACGAGCCUUCAUCCCGGAGAUGCUGAAGUAUUCGACGGGCCGAGGCAAGCCCGGCUGGGGUAAGGAGAGCUGCAAGCCCUUGUGGUGGCCCGAAGACAUCCCCUGGGCCAACGUUCGCAGCGAUGUCCGCUCUGAGGACCAGAAACAGAGGGUGUCCUGGACGCAGGCGCUACGAACCAUCGUAAAAAAUUGCUACAAGCAGCACGGCCGAGAGGAUCUGCUGUACGCCUUUGAGGAGCAGCAGAUCACCACCACCACCACGCAGCACCACCUGGCGGCCGCGCAGAGCAUCGCCCACCUGGUGCCCUCGCAGACGGUGGUGCAGACCAUCAACAACCCCGACGGCACCGUGUCGCUCAUCCAAGUGGGGACGGGACACACGGUGGCCACGCUGGCCGACGCAUCGGAACUACCCGGCGUGACGGUGGCGCAGGUUAACUACGCCACGGUGGCGGACGGCGAGGUGGAGCAAAACUGGGCAACCCUCCAGAGCGGCGAGAUGACAAUACAAACCACGCAGGCGUCGGAGGCCACGCAAGCGGUGGCGUCGCUAGCGGAAGCCGCCGUCGCCGCCAGUCACGAGAUGCAGCAGGGAGCCACCGUCACCAUGGCGAUCAACAGCGAGGCAGCGGCCCACGCCGUGGCGACGCUGGCGGAAGCCACGCUUCAAGGCGGGGGCCAGAUCGUGCUGGCCGAGACGGCGGCCGCUGUUGGGGCGCUAGCAGGCGUGCAGGACGCAACAGGUCUGGUCCAGAUUCCAGUCAGCAUGUACCAGACGGUGGUGACCAGCCUGGCGCAAGGCAACAGGCCCGUGCAGGUGGCCAUGGCGCCGGUAGCCACACGCAUAAACAGCACCAUGACACUGGACGGACAGGCGGUAGAGGUGGUGACGCUGGAGCAAUGA